AUAAGCAAUCUGAGAUGUAAAAGUUGACCAUGGAAUGGAACGGAAUGUGUUGGUAUGCUUUGAUGUCUGAGAUGUAUGUUGAGCUGAUUGUCUGCCUGCUAGGAGUAUUCCGUUUUCCUACCGUCGAAGGCGGUUUUGGCGCUUUCCAAUCUUCGUCGCCGUCUCCGAUCUCCUCCUUCCCCAAAUCCCCCACUCAAAUCAAACUUGCUCUCCCCCCCGCCCAAAACCCUAGCAUACUAGUAAACCGGAGGAUGGUCAAGAAGGCCUCUGCCGCGCCUGCGCUCGCCGACGCCGAGGCCGACGAGCGACGACGCCUCCGCUCGCUCGCCUUCUCCAACGGCCUCCUCCAGCGCGCCGCCCCGCCAGCGCCGCGGACGCCGCUCGCGCCGUCGGAUGCCGUCGCGCGCCUUCAGGGCCGCGACAUCGUGCGCCGCGGCGGCCAGCGGAAGAGCCGCUUCCUCUUCUCCUUCCCUGGCCUCCUCGCGCCCGCCGCCUCGGCCGGCCGAGUCGGGGAGCUCGCCGACCUGGGCACCAAGAACCCGGUGCUCUACCUCGAGUUCCCCCAGGGAAGGAUGAAGCUCUUCGGGACACACGUCUACCCCAAGAACAAGUACCUCACGCUUCAGAUGACUAGAUCCGCCAAGGGCGUCGUCUGUGAGGACGUCUUCGAGAGCCUGAUUGUAUUUUCUGAAGCCUGGUGGGUUGGAACAAAAGAAGAUAACCCAGAAGAACUCAAACUUGAGUUUCCAAAAGAAUUCCAAAAUGAUGGCGUAGCAGCAGAUUGUGAUUUCAGAGGUGGAGCAGGUGCUGCCAUCGAUGAAGCAACUGCAAGCAAAGCUGCAAAGGAAGUUGCAGAACCCCGUUCCCCAAAUUUUGAGUCAGAUGGCGAUGCUUCUGACGAUUCAGAUCAAAAGGAUGGGGAUGCUACACAGACUACAAGUGGAACACCUUCAGUUAGACAAUCUGCUAGAAAUGCAGGGAAAGCCUUGAAAAAGUACACAGAUUUAUCUUCUGGAGGUGAUUCAUCUAGCAGUGAUAAUGAAGUUGAGGUUCCUGAGGACUUGGAUGAGAAGGAGAUGAAGAGUCCAGCUGUUAUUGUUAAGGACGAAAGCCAAAGCGAAGACAUCAAACCUGCAGAUUCUUCAGCAAGGCCCCUCUCUAGCAAAAAGGAGCCUCUUGUUCAGGCUACUCUGUCUAGCAUGUUUAAAAAGGCAGAAGAGAAAAAGAGAUCUACAAGAAGUCCUAAAGGAUCCCCUGCAACAAAAGGUCCUGCUGCUAAGAAGCAGCGAGCAAGUCCAAUGGUGAAACAGCCAACAGGGAUCAAGAAAGAGGACAUUGACCCUUGUGCUUCGCUGAAUGCAGCUAGUGGAACUCGAAGAAAGCAAACACAAAAGGUGGAGGAAGAUGAAAUCGAAGAGCUCUCAACUUCCUCUCAGGACAAUGCUGUGGAUGAUGAUAGUGAUCAGGACUGGGCCGAGUGACGCCCUUGUAUGUGCACCACAUAUUCACACGCAUGCAUGGGUUUGUAAUCGGUGAAGAAUGCAGAAUGGAUGCACGGGUGGAAGGAGGGAUCUUAUUGGGAGGCACAGAGUGCUGCAUUCAGCGACCGAUUUAAGAUGUGGAUACCCUGCUGUACCAUACCAUUUGUAUGAAAGAAGUUUGAGUUUACGAAAUCGACUAUAUAGUUAGUCAGAACUGGGAGUGCGUUGUUUGAUCCUAACUUGUUUGUAAUAGGAAUUGCACGGAGCCAUAUAUGUUUGAAUUUGAUAGAAACUGUUCAUGUGCCCACAGGAAUACAGGAUCAUUGUUUUGGGGAUUGGUGUAAUGAAUGGAACAUACUGUAUGCCCUUUUCAGUCAUGAUAGUAUGCUUGAGGUGAUGAAUGAGCAUACAGACAUUAUAUGAGUAGGUUGCUUA